AUGGCAGAGUUCCCGUCCAAAGUGAACACGAGAACCAGCAGCCCGGCUCAGGGAGGCGGCGCCGUGGUGUCGACACUGAGCCCCGACUUGGGGUUCGUGCGCUCCAGCCUCGGUGCGCUCAUGCUCCUGCAGUUGGUGCUGGGGCUGCUGGUGUGGGCCCUGAUUGCUGACACUCCGUACCACCUGUAUCCAUCUUACGGCUGGGUGAUGUUCGUCGCUGUCUUCCUCUGGCUGGUGACAAUCAUCUUCUUUGUCCUCUACCUGUUUCAGCUGCACCUGAAGCUGUAUAUGGUGCCCUGGCCGCUGGUGUUAAUGGUAUUUAACGUGGGUGCCACUGUCCUCUACAUCACGGCCUUCAUCACCUGCUCUGCUUCGGUUGAGCUGACAUCCCUGAAGGGCACUCGGCCGUAUAACCAGCGUGCAGCAGCCUCUUUCUUUUCGUGUUUAGUGAUGAUUGCCUAUGGAGUGAGUGCUUUCCUCAGCUUCCAGGCCUGGCGAGGAGCAGGCAGCAAUGCAGCCACCAGUCAGAUGGCUGGUGGCUAUGCCUAA